AUGGUCCGCUUCGGGGACGAGCUGGGCGGCCGCUAUGGGGGCGCCGGGAGCGGGGAGCGGGCCCGGGGCGGCGGGGCCGGCGGGGCGGGCGGCCCGGGCCCCGGGGGUCUGCAGCCCGGACAGCGGGUCCUCUACAAGCAGUCGAUCGCGCAGCGCGCGCGGACCAUGGCGCUGUACAACCCCAUCCCGGUCAAGCAGAACUGCUUCACCGUCAACCGCUCGCUCUUCGUCUUCAGCGAGGACAACGUCGUCCGCAAAUACGCCAAGCGCAUCACGGAGUGGCCUCCGUUCGAGUACAUGAUCCUCGCCACCAUCAUCGCCAACUGCAUCGUGCUGGCGCUGGAGCAGCACCUCCCUGACGGCGACAAGACGCCCAUGUCCGAGCGGCUGGAUGACACGGAGCCCUACUUUAUCGGCAUCUUUUGCUUCGAAGCCGGGAUCAAGAUCAUCGCCCUGGGCUUCGUCUUCCACAAGGGAUCCUACCUGCGCAACGGCUGGAAUGUCAUGGACUUCGUGGUCGUCCUCACCGGGAUCCUGGCCACGGCCGGCACCGAUUUCGACCUGCGGACUCUGCGGGCUGUGCGGGUGCUCAGGCCCCUGAAGCUGGUGUCUGGGAUUCCAAGUUUGCAGGUGGUGCUCAAGUCCAUCAUGAAGGCCAUGGUUCCCCUGCUGCAGAUCGGGCUGCUGCUCUUCUUCGCCAUCCUCAUGUUCGCCAUCAUUGGCCUCGAGUUCUACAUGGGCAAAUUCCACAAGGCCUGUUUCUCCAACAGCUCAGAUGCAGAUCCCGUGGGUGACUUCCCCUGUGGCAAGGAGGCCCCAGCCCGGCUGUGCGAAGGCGACACUGAGUGCCGGGAGUAUUGGCCGGGACCCAACUUCGGUAUCACCAAUUUUGACAACAUCUUGUUUGCCAUCUUGACAGUGUUCCAGUGCAUCACCAUGGAGGGCUGGACCGACAUCCUCUACAAUACGAACGACGCGGCCGGCAACACCUGGAACUGGCUCUACUUCAUACCCCUCAUCAUCAUCGGCUCCUUCUUCAUGCUCAACCUGGUGCUGGGUGUGCUCUCGGGAGAGUUCGCCAAGGAACGAGAGAGGGUGGAGAACCGCCGCGCUUUCCUGAAGCUCCGCCGGCAGCAGCAGAUCGAGCGGGAGCUCAACGGGUACCUGGAGUGGAUCUUCAAGGCUGAGGAAGUCAUGCUGGCAGAGGAGGACAAGAACGCGGAGGAGAAGUCCCCUUUGGAUGCAGUGCUGAAGAGAGCAGCCACCAAGAAGAGCCGCAACGACCUGAUCCACGCGGAGGAGGGCGAGGACCGCUUCGCAGACCUCUGUGCCGUCGGCUCCCCCUUCGCCCGCGCCAGCCUCAAGAGCGGGAAGACGGAGAGCUCGUCCUACUUCCGCAGGAAGGAGAAGAUGUUCCGGUUCUUCAUCCGGCGCAUGGUGAAGGCUCAGAGCUUCUACUGGGUGGUGCUGUGCGUGGUGGCCCUGAACACCCUGUGCGUGGCCAUGGUGCACUACAACCAGCCACAGCGGCUCACCACGGCGCUGUACUUUGCAGAGUUUGUCUUCCUGGGUCUCUUCCUCACAGAGAUGUCCCUGAAGAUGUACGGUCUGGGGCCCAGAAGCUACUUUCGGUCCUCCUUCAACUGCUUUGACUUUGGGGUCAUCGUGGGGAGCAUCUUCGAGGUGGUCUGGGCGGCCAUCAAGCCAGGAGCCUCCUUUGGGAUCAGCGUGCUGCGGGCGCUGCGCCUGCUGAGGAUCUUCAAGGUCACGAAGUACUGGAACUCUCUGAGGAACCUGGUGGUAUCCCUGCUCAACUCCAUGAAGUCCAUCAUCAGCCUCCUCUUCCUGCUCUUCCUAUUCAUCGUGGUCUUCGCCCUGCUGGGGAUGCAGCUGUUUGGGGGGCAGUUCAACUUUCAGGACGAGACCCCGACGACCAACUUUGACACGUUCCCGGCUGCCAUCCUCACCGUGUUCCAGAUCCUGACGGGCGAGGACUGGAACGCGGUGAUGUACCAUGGCAUCGAAUCGCAAGGGGGAGUCAGCAAAGGCAUGUUCUCUUCUUUUUACUUCAUCGUCCUGACGCUGUUUGGAAACUACACUCUGCUCAACGUCUUCCUGGCCAUCGCUGUGGACAACCUCGCCAAUGCCCAGGAGCUGACCAAGGACGAAGAGGAGAUGGAAGAAGCAGCCAAUCAAAAGCUUGCUCUGCAAAAGGCCAAAGAAGUGGCCGAAGUCAGCCCCAUGUCUGCCGCGAACAUCUCCAUCGCUGCCAGGCAGCAGAACUCGGCCAAGGCGCGCUCGGUGUGGGAGCAGCGGGCCAGCCAGCUGCGGCUGCAGAACCUGCGGGCCAGCUGCGAGGCGCUGUACAGCGAGAUGGACCCCGAGGAGCGGCUGCGCUACGCCACCACGCGCCACCUGCGGCCCGACAUGAAGACGCACCUGGACCGACCGCUGGUGGUGGAGCCGGGCCGCAACGGCCCGCGGGGUCCCCCUGGCAAAGCCAGGCCUGAGGGCGCAGAGGCCACUGAGGGUGCGGACCCCCCGCGCAGGCACCACCGGCACCGCGACAAGGACAAGACCUCGGCCCCUGCGGCCGGGGACCAGGACAGAGCGGAUGCCCCUAGGACCGAGAGCGGGGAGCCCGGCGGCCGGGAGGAGCGGGCGCGGCCGCACCGCAGCCACAGCAAGGAGGCCGGGGGCGCGCAGGAGGCGCGGGGCGAGCGCGCGCGAGGCCCGGGCCCCGAGGGCGGCCGGCGCCACCACCGGCGCGGCUCCCCCGAGGAGGCGGGCGAGCGGGAGCCCCGGCGCCACCGCGGACACCGCCAUGCGUCCGACCAGGGCAGGGACGGCGCUGCGUGCGGGGCCAAGGGCGAGCGGCGGGCGCGGCACCGCGGCGGCCCCAGGGCUGGGACCAGGGAGCCAGAGAGCGGAGAGGAGCCAGCGCGGCGGCACCGGACCCGCCACAAGGCGCCGCCUGCGCACGAGGCUGCAGAGAAGGAGGCUGCGGAGGAGGCCGAGGUCCCCGAAGGAGACAAGGAGAAGGAGCUGCGGAACCACCAGCCCAAGGAGCUGCACUGUGACCUGGAGGCCGGUGGGAUGAUGGGUGUGGGCCCUGUGCACACACUGCCCAGCACCUGUCUGCAGAAGGUGGAGGAACAACCAGAGGAUGCAGACAAUCAGCGGAACGUCACUCGGAUGGGCAGUCAACCCUCUGACCCAAGCACUGCUGUGCACAUCCCAGUGACACUGACAGGCCCCCCUGGGGAGACCACGGUGGUACCCAGUGGCAACGUGGACCUGGAGGGCCAAGCAGAGGGGAAGAAGGAGGCGGAAGCCGACGACGGCGUGAGGAGCGGCCCCCGGCCCAUCGUCCCGUACAGCUCCAUGUUCUGCUUGAGCCCCACCAACCUGCUGCGCCGCUUCUGCCAUUACAUCGUGACCAUGCGGUACUUCGAGAUGGUCAUUCUUGUGGUCAUCGCCCUGAGCAGCAUCGCCCUGGCGGCUGAGGACCCUGUGCGGGCAGACUCCCCCAGGAACAACGUUCUGAAGUACAUGGAUUACAUUUUCACAGGCGUCUUCACCUUCGAGAUGGUGAUAAAGAUGAUCGACUUGGGACUGCUGCUUCACCCUGGAGCCUACUUCCGGGACCUGUGGAACAUUCUGGACUUCAUUGUGGUCAGUGGGGCCCUGGUGGCGUUUGCCUUCUCGAGCUUCACGGGAGGAUCCAAAGGGAAAGACAUCAACACCAUCAAGUCCCUGAGAGUCCUGCGUGUCCUGCGGCCCCUCAAGACCAUCAAACGGCUGCCCAAGCUCAAGGUUGGAGCCUGGAGUUGAGGCUUGAGGGGUGUGCUGGGCAUGUGUGCACACAUGCAUGCACGUGUGUAUGCACGUGCCACAUGAGUGUGUGCAUACAUGUGCAUGCGUGCACGUGUCUUCUCAAAUCACACACCUGCAUGAGGGGGAUGGGUGUACUCAGCUGGAAACCCCCUGCCCCAGUAGACCUUGUUCCCAGUAGUCUCCCGUGUGAUUCCUCUUCCCUGGCCCAGUGGGACCAGACGGCACGGGGGUUUUCUUCUACAGCCGCAGGGCAGGGCAGUGCAGAGGGGCUGCCCAGAGAGGUGGAGGAUUGUGGAAGGAAAGGCUGGCAGGGCAGCGGCUCCGGGGAGGUUAGGGUUAGGAAUGGGCACAGCUGAGGUUGUGGAUAAAGGGUGAGUGGAAGCCCAAACUCUUGGAGUAGUGCAAAAAUCUAAUUAUUGAGCGUGUGCUAGGCACUGUGCUGAGUGCUUUAUGUGCUUUAACUCAUUUAAUCCUCCAAAUUUUGUGCACUAGUUUCUGUUAUUAACAGCUUGGAAAUGCAAGCCAUAAAGGCCAUUAGGCAAUGUGGGACUUGCAGAAAAAAAUUUGCUUAGACCCUGGGUGAAGGGGUGGGCUAGUAGAUAGCUUGGGGAGGCGUCCAGAGACCCUCUGGGUCUGGGUGGUGUUGCACCUGGUCUGGCAGGUGAAGGGCGCAGUGCAGGUGGGUGUCUGGUUGUGCCAGGCAUCAUCUCGGGGGAUGGGGGGCGUCUGCCAGGCAGCUAAAGAGCAGGACAGCUCAGGAGGCGUCUCCUCAGCUCUGGGAGCAGUGCUGGGUACACAGGGAACAUUGAGCUUCCAGGCAGGGAAGAGCACGAGAGGAAGCCCA